GAGAUGAGAGUUCAUAUGGAUUGUGCUGGAUGUGAAAGCAAGGUGAAAACUGCUCUUCAGAAACUCAAAGGCGUCGACGAAGUUGACACUGAUAUGGGCACGCAAAAGGUGACGGUCAAUGGAUAUGCUGACCAGAAAAAGGUUCUUAAAACUGUUAGGAAAACCGGCCGGCGAGCCGAGCUGUGGCAGCUUCCCUACAAUCCAGAGCACCACAGUUUUGCUAAUCACUACAAUCAACACCAAUGCAAUGGCCCCUUGACAUAUUAUGCACCCCAACCUUCCUCUUCUUACAAUUACUAUAAGCAUGGAUAUGAUAGCAAUGAUCCUGCCUAUUAUCGUCACCCUGCUCACUCUACUAUUUUUGGUCAUCAAACUGGUUCAGCUUUUAGUGAUGAGAAUCCUCGCGCUUGUUCUAUGAUGUGA